CCUUCAGUUAGCAACAUGGUCAUGGCACGAGCAAUAAUGUUGUUCUGCUUCUCGUUGUUGCUCUUCCGUUCCUAUGCUCUGGUCUCUCCAGGAAGCAGCAGCAGCGCCACGGCCGACGAGCUCGCGCUCCUCUCCUUCAAGUCCAUGCUGUCGAGCCCAUCCGAGGGUUUGCUGGCAUCAUGGAACACGUCCAGCCACUUCUGUAGCUGGGCGGGAGUUUCUUGCAGCCGUCGGCACCAUGAGAGGGUUGUCUCGCUGCACAUGAACUCCUUCAACCUCUCGGGGCGCAUCUCGCCAUUCUUGGGCAACCUGUCCUUUCUCAGGGAGCUGGACUUCGGCGGCAACAAGCUCGUUGGUGAGAUACCUGCGGAGCUUGGUCGCCUCAUCAGGCUUCAGGCGCUGAACCUGAGCUACAACCAGCUCCAAGGUGAGAUCCCAACUGAGAUUGGACUCAGCUUGAAGAAUCUUGUCUAUCUGAACCUUGGUGGAAAUUCUUUGUCGGGAGAGAUCCCUCGGUCGCUGGCGGACUUGCCAUCGAUGGAGCAGUUAACUCUGUUCUACAAUAGAUUAUCUGGUGAGAUACCACCUGCUUUGGCCAAUCUCACCAGCCUCAGGGUUCUUCAUCUUGACUUCAAUAUGCUGUCAGGAGCUAUCCCUUCAUCUUUGGGCCUGUUGCCUAGUUUAUCUCGGCUUACCUUAGGUGCUAACAAUUUGAGUGGGCCAAUCCCCGAUUCUCUUUGGAACAUUUCCACCCUAACCUCCUAUUCUGUCCAGCAAAAUAUGCUGAAUGGAUCCAUACCUCCAGAUGCAUUCAGUAACCUUCCUUAUCUGCAGAGCAUAUUCAUGGACCACAACCUUUUCCAUGGCCCUAUCCCCAGGUCGAUAGGUAAUGCCUCUGACUUGUGGAUUGUUCAGAUCGGCCAUAACUCUUUCAGCGGCAUUGUUCCUCCAGAGAUUGGAAGGUUGGCAAAACUCCAAAAGCUUGUGCUCCUGGAAACUUUGCUUGAAGCUAAAGAACCCAAAGACUGGGAGUUCUUUGUCGCACUGACAAAUUGCUCGCAGUUACAAUUUUUAGAGUUGGGUGUAAGCAAGUUUAGUGGAGUCCUUCCUGACUCAGUUUCCAAUCUUUCCACUUCGCUGAUACAACUCAACAUUAAUGACAACACAAUCUCAGGAAGCAUCCCUGGUGAUAUCAGUAAUCUCAUAAACUUGCAAUAUCUUGACUUCUCUGAGAACUCUUUCACAGGAUCUCUUCCCUCUUCCUUGGGUAGGCUUAAGAACAUGGCUCUUUUUUAUGUAUUUGGUAAUAACAUGAGUGGCUCAGUCCCGUUGACCAUAGGAAAUCUUACAGAGCUAAAUGAAAUGGGACUCGGCAUAAAUUCCUUCAGCGGUAUGAUACCAAGCACGCUCGGAAACCUGAGAAAGUUACAGAUACUAGAUCUUUCAAGCAAUAACUUUCUAGGCCCGGUUCCCAUCGAAUUAUUCAACAUCACCACACUUCUAGCUUUGGAUCUUUCCUACAACAACUUGGAGGGAUCAAUACCACAAGAAAUCGGGAAUCUAAAUGGUCUUAUAAAUUUUUAUGCAGGGUGGAACAAAUUAUCAGGUGAAAUCCCCAGCACCCUAGGUGAAUGUCAACUUCUUCAGAUUAUCGACCUCCGUAAUAACAUCUUAAAUGGUAGCAUUCCAUCACUCCUGGGUCAGUUGCAAGGCCUAGAAUAUCUUGACCUCUCAAGAAACAAUUUGUCUGGUCAAAUGCCCAAGUUCUUAGGGAACCUUAGCAUGCUCUAUAAGCUCAACCUUUCCUUCAAUAGCUUUGUCGGACAAGUGCCAAUUUUUGGUGUUUUUGCAAAUGCCACUGCAACCUCAAUCCAAGGCAAUGACAAACUUUGCGGUGGCAUACCUGAUCUACAUUUGCCUCCUUGUUAUUUACAAUUUCCAAAGAAAAAACAUAAACUUCUGGUGGUACCUAUUGUUAUUUCUCUUGCUGCAACACUGGCCAUCCUUUCAUCACUCUACAUGCUUCUAACCUGGCGCAAGAGAAGUACAACAAAAACCCCUUCAACAACAUUCAUGCAAGGCCACCCACUGAUCUCUUAUUCAGAGUUGGUGAGAGCAACAGAUGGUUUCUCGCCUACCAAUUUGCUGGGUUCCGGAUCAUUUGGGUCUGUGUACAAAGGAGAGUUAGACGAUCAAGAUGGUGGAAGUACAAAUCUUGUUGCUGUGAAGGUACUAAAGCUUCAAACCCCGGGGGCACUCAAGAGCUUCAUAGCCGAAUGUGAAGCACUGCGAAACAUGCGACACCGGAAUCUUGUCAAGAUAGUUACAGCUUGUGCAAGCAUUGAUGCUAGAGGGAAUGACUUCAAAGCAAUUGUGUAUGACUUCAUGCCUAAUGGGAGUUUAGAAGGUUGGCUACGUCCUGACGUAAAUGAGCAAACAGAGCAAAGGUACUUGGAUCUCGCAGAAAGAGUGACCAUACUGCUUGAUGUGGCUUACGCGUUGCAUUAUCUUCAUUGCGAUGGCCCUGCACCUGUUAUACAUUGUGAUCUCAAGUCAAGUAAUGUGCUCUUGGAUGCUGAUAUGGUAGCCCAUGUUGGAGACUUUGGACUCGCCAAGAUUAUUGUUGAGGGAAGCCCAACUGUCCAACAUUCAACGAGCUCGAUGGGAUUUAGAGGGACAAUCGGUUAUGCUGCCCCAGAGUAUGGUGCUGGAAAUGUGGUAUCAACAAAUGGAGACAUUUACAGUUACGGAGUUCUUGUGUUAGAAAUGGUAACUGGAAAGAGGCCCACUGAUAGCACCUUCGGACAAGGAUUGAGCCUACGUGAAUACGUGGAGCUGGCACUGCAUAAUAGAAUGAUGGACGUUAUUGACAUGCGUCUGUCUUUGAGCCUCGAGAAUGAACUUCAGGAUGCGGGUGAGGGUGAUUCUUCGUACAAAAGAAACACUGAUUGCCUCAUUGCCCUACUUAGACUUGGACUGUCCUGCUCUGAGGAAAUGCCGUCUUGUAGGAUGCCAACCGGAGAUAUCAUCAAGGAGCUGCUUGCCAUCAAAGGAUCUAUCCAUUAACUCUUCUUUGCAGGUUAUCUAUAACUGUACAUGUUGAUUUCAUACGUGGUUUAUACUGCAGUGAUAGGAACACCAAGAUAUGAUAGUAGUGGUGUAUGCGCAUCUGAAGCGAAUGGUCAAGGAGUUCUUUUACCCGAUUUGAAUGUGAGUCUAGGCUCCGGAUCGAGGCCCUUUCACCCUAGCCUUGGCGCUGGUCUUAUCUAUGCUACAUGUUUUCCUUUCUUGCUCUUUCUUUUUAGUUUUCUGUUGGCUAUGUGCAUCGGGUAUGUAGAAGUUGAGAGUAACUCUUUUUCGGUUGUAUUAUCUUGUUGUAAUGUUAAGAGUUAAUAAACAAAAUUAUGGGAACAAAAUCAAAGGAUCUAUCCAUUUUCACGAUUUUCUAGGGAGGUAGAUCAAUUAUUUUCAUUUUUUACAAGAACAUCUAGGUUCUGUUACAGUCAAUGAGAAACGAAUUGUUCUGUGAAAUUUCAGAUUUGCAUUACAAGUUCCUGACCAUUUUUUAUUGAUGGUUGUCCAAACAACAGUUUGCGUGACACCCUUAAAUGUUAGAACAGUUCAUUUGAUAUGGUUUAAGCUUCUAGCAACUUCAGCCGUGAAUCAUAAGCCAACACUCCCCAAACAAGUUAUUCUAAAUAUUAUUCACGUAUAACUCUCUUGUGUUGUUGAAUCAGUUGGUAGUAAACCGUUGGUACCUUCAGAGUUUAAACUGGACUAAAAUCAAGGACGGCUCUAACCUAAAAAUUGAGCAGAGGCAUAACAAUGAUUAUUCCUUUGUAACUUUAGAAAAAACGCUAACCUCACUGAAAAACAAGUUUGCCCUCACUCGUUAUAUGGUAGAUCCGCCCAUGACUAAAACUAAGGGUAUAUUCAUUAUCUAGUUUAGAAAAGUAGGUCCACAUAAAUAAGAAUAUCGUAACACAAAUCACACCAUCUGUAUCUCUGUCCACUUCAGUUUUUAUCGGUUGCUAGUUUGCACUUUGUAUAUUCAAUUACCUCUAUCUUUUGAAAAAAGAAACAAACUUUGCAAGAGAAAU